AACUGCAUUUUCUGUAACUAAUAAAGAUAAAAAAUGCUUGCUUUUAAUAAAAUACAAAUCUUUCAAGUCCGUUUCAUGUUUCUUUUAAGAAGUACACCUUAAUUUACAUGCAAAUUAAACGUUUCGCCUGGGUCCUGAAAUUAUUAAAAGAAAUGAAAUGAAGUAGUGUCAUGUUUUCCCACUGUUUGGAUUCUUUCUGGAAAAUACUGAUUUUUGCUCCCCGCGUGAGGAAUUGAUUGUAUUGGAAGAUUUAUUGCCGGGUUGCAAGUUGCUCUACUACUAUACUAUCCCAAUUUUUAAGUUGAUAUUUACAGCUGCAAUGGUAGAUUACAGCAAGUGGAAAAACAUCGAGAUAUCCGAUGAUGAGGAUGACACUCAUCCCAAUAUUGACACUCCCAGCUUGUUUCGCUGGAGGCACCAGGCAAGAGUGGAAAGAAUGGCAGAAUUUCAGACGGAGAAGGACGAGUGUGAUAAAGAAGCCUCAGAGAAUGAUCGGAAAAUCUCGGAUGUGCAAGAAAAAAUUAAAUAUGCUGAAACUAGUGAUGAAUUCAACAUGGAUGAACUGAAAGCUGAGUUGAAGAAGCUUGAAGAACAUUCAAAAGAAUUAAAGCGAAAGAAGGAAGAAAUCUUGAAGAAAGAAAAGUUAAUGCCUUGGAAUGUAGAUACUAUUAGUCAUGAUGGUUUUGCAAAAACAGUUUUAAAUAAAGAUGCUCCACCCAAAAAAGAAGAAUUAACUGAAGAAGAGAAAGCAGAAAAGCAGAGAAUAUUUGUCCAAGAGAAUGAAAAGUUAUUGAAGAAAUUUGGAAUGUUCCAGAAGUAUGAUGAUAGUAAAAACUUCUUGAGGGAGCAUCCUCAUUUGGCAUGUGAAGAGACGGCCAAUUAUUUAGUUAUAUGGUGUAUCAAUUUAGAAGUUGAGGAGAAACACGAGUUGAUGGAGCAUGUUGCUCACCAGUGUAUUUGUAUGCAGUUUAUCCUUGAAUUAGCUAAACAUUUAAAUGUAGAUCCACGUUCAUGUAUCUCUUCUUUCUUUUCAAGAAUACAAAUGGCUGAUACUGAAUAUAAGGAAGCAUUCAAUUCAGAACUAGACGCUUUCAAGGGACGAGUGUGUGAAAGAGCAAAAAUUAGAAUUCAAAAAGCUAUUGAAGAAGCUGAAGAGGAAGAAAGACUUAAGCGCCUUGGACCAGGGGGAUUAGAUCCUAUUGAAGUUUUUGAAACACUUCCUGAGGAAUUGAAGAAAUGUUUUGAAUCAAAAGACAUUGAGCUUCUGCAAAAGACCAUCGCAUCGAUGCCAGAAGAAGAGGCUAGACACCACUUGAAUCGAUGCAUAGAUUCGGGACUGUGGAUUCCGGAUGCUAAAAAGGCCGAACUGGAGGGACAUCUACCUGAAGAUCGGGGUGCAGCAAGGUCCUAGAAGUUACCUGAUUCUCUAGAAAUACAGCCAGCCACGCACUUUUUUUGUGCAAACAUUCUUUGUUAGACAAUUAUGCAAUUUUUUUAGGAACAUGAGUUACCAUUAAGCAACGAAAUGUUUGUCCUGACUGUUUUCUGAUCUUAAUGUUUUACAUGGUUUCUGAAACAUGCUGGUCUUAUUUAAGAAAUUUGAUUUCAAGAUUUAAACUAUAUGGAAAAGUUUGUUUUAUUUUUUAUGUUGUGCGUUUUAUGAAUUAAAAAAAAGAAAACAAGAUUUAAAAAAAAAUGUUAGACUACUUUUUUUUUGCACAUGUACUUUUUUCUCUGAACAGCAACUUGCCUUAAACUUGUACCUGUUGUAAAUAAAUUUAAUGAUUAUAGUUUAAUUUUGUUCUUUAGUUUUUGUUUGUGUAUGUUUGUGAAUUGUAGUCACAAGUUUAGUUCUCGAGCAUACAUUGAACUUUUACCAUAGUUGUA